AGCAGGGGAAGGCGAGACUUCUGAACUCUGCUUUUGCCAACCGCUUCCUGUCUCUCUUCAGCGGGGGCUCAACCCCCAGACCUUCAGAAAUGACGUCAGAAUCAUUUGCAUCCCGCUGCCUCUACCUGCCUGGUCCAGCUGGGACCCUGCCUCGCCUGGCCCAUGGCCAGAGGGUUGGAGGGGCGCUGCCCGGUGACCUACACAGACUGAGACACGAUCGCCAUGAACGGAGACCUCUGGAAAAGCUCAGAAGCCGAGGCCCACGGGGCCCAGCAGAGGCCUGAGGGGAGACCCUGGGCGGGGGCUGAAUCACUGCCUCCCGACAGCCCCCCAAUGCCCGGGCUUUGGAGGGGAGCCGGGAGCUUCCCAUCUCCUUUUGCAGGGGAGGGUUGUCAGUCUGGCGGGAUGUGCACUGGGGGCACCCCAACCCCUACCAGCUAACCCCACAUCACCACCCACCCCCGCCCCCCCAGCACCACCACCACCACACACACAAAAAAAUUGGAUACAUUUUGAAUAAAGCGAUUCGGUUCCUUAUCCGGGGACUGAGUUGCUCCGUGUGAUUGGCCGGCGGAGUCACAUGGUGAAAGUAACUUUACAGGGUCGCUAGCUAGUAGGAGGGCUUUAUGGAGCAGAAAAACGACAAAGCGAGAAAAAUUAUUUUCCACUCCAGAAAUUAAUGAUCAUGAGCUCGUAUUUGAUGGACUCUAACUACAUCGAUCCGAAAUUUCCUCCAUGCGAAGAAUAUUCGCAAAAUAGCUACAUCCCUGAACACAGUCCGGAAUAUUACGGCCGGACCAGGGAAUCGGGAUUCCAGCAUCACCACCAGGAGCUGUACCCACCACCGCCUCCGCGCCCUAGCUACCCUGAGCGCCAGUAUAGCUGCACCAGUCUCCAGGGGCCGGGCAAUUCGCGAGGCCACGGGCCGGCCCAGGCGGGCCACCACCACCCCGAGAAAUCACAGUCGCUCUGCGAGCCCGCGCCUCUCUCAGGCGCCUCCGCCUCCCCGUCCCCAGCCCCGCCAGCCUGCAGCCAGCCAGCCCCCGACCAUCCCUCCAGCGCCGCCAGCAAGCAACCCAUAGUCUACCCAUGGAUGAAAAAAAUUCACGUUAGCACGGUGAACCCCAAUUAUAACGGAGGGGAACCCAAGCGCUCGAGGACAGCCUACACCCGGCAGCAAGUCCUGGAAUUAGAGAAAGAGUUUCAUUACAACCGCUACCUGACCCGAAGGAGAAGGAUCGAGAUCGCCCACUCGCUGUGCCUCUCUGAGAGGCAGAUCAAAAUCUGGUUCCAAAACCGUCGCAUGAAAUGGAAGAAGGACCACCGACUCCCCAACACCAAAGUCAGGUCAGCACCCCCGGCCGGCGCUGCGCCCAGCACCCUUUCGGCAGCUACCCCGGGUACUUCUGAAGACCACUCCCAGAGCGCCACGCCGCCGGAGCAGCAACGGGCAGAGGACAUUACCAGGUUAUAAAACAUAACUCACACCCCUGCCCCCACCCAUGCCCCCACCCUCCCCUCACACACAAAUUGACUCUUAUUUAUAGAAUUUAAUAUAUAUAUAUAUAUAUAUAUAUAGGUUCUUUUCUCUCUUCCUCUCACCUUGUCCCUUGUCAGUUCCAAACAGACAAAACAGAUAAACAAACAAGCCCCCUGCCCUCCUCUCCCUUCCACUGUUAAGGACCCUUUUAAGCAUGUGAUGUUGUCUUAGCAUGGUACCUGCUGGGUGUUUUUUUUUUUUUAAAGGCCAUUUGGGGGGUUAUUUAUUUUUUAAGAACAAAAAGCUGCAAAAAUUAUAUAUUGCAAGGUGUGAUGGUCUGGUUUGGGUGAAUUUCAGGGGAAAUGAGAAAUGAGGAAAAGAAAAAAGGAAAGAAAUUUUAAAGCCAAUUCUCAUCCUUCUCCUCCUCCUCCUUCCCCCCUCUUUCCUUAGGCCUUUUGCAUUGAAAAUGCACCAGGGGAGGUUAGUGAGGGGAAGUCAUUUUAAGGAGAACAAAGCUAUGAAGUUCUUUUGUAUUAUUGUUGGGGGGGGGGUGCGGGAGGAGAGGGGGCGAAGACAGCAGACAAAGCUAAAUGCAUCUGGAGAGCCUCUCAGAGCUGUUCAGUUUGAGGAGCCAAAAGAAAAUCAAAAUGAACUUUCAGUUCAGAGAGGCAGUCUAUAGGUAGAAUCUCUCCCCACCCCCAUCGUGGUUAUUGUGUUUUUGGACUGAAUUUACUUGAUUAUUGUAAAACUUGCAAUAAAGAAUUUUAGUGUCGAUGUGAAAUGCCCCGUGAUCAAUAAUAAACCAGUGGAUGUGAAUUAGUUUUA